CAAGCCCACAUGAGCCAAGGAGCAUGGGCAGCAGGGUCACCCUAGCGCCAUGCUUCAUAAAGGGCGCCGUUACAAUAGGUUUUCUGUUACUCUGACUGCUGGGAUACAAUAGGACUGAAUGUACUGGCCUGGUGCUUCUCCGUUUCUCUCCAUUUUUCACUUGAUGACGAGAAGGACAGACUCAGGCGGGACAGCAUGUUAUCAGAGGACGCCCCUGAAGUAACCUCACGGACUAAUGGGGCUUCUACUGCUGAGCCUGCUGCUCCGCUACUGGAUCAACGCCGUGGAGGGAUCAUGUUCAGCUGGCAGCUCUGUGACUUGUGAUGACUGUCUACAGCUCAGUCCUGCCUGUGCCUGGUGCACACAGGAGAAUUUCACAGACUGGUUUUCAGUCAGUGAGAGAUGUGACACACUGGAUGCCUUAUUAGAAAAAGGAUGUGCACGAAACCUGGUGGAAUUCCCUGUUUCCAGUGGGCAAAUCCUACAGGAUCACCCACUGGGGAAGAAGACAAGCAACAAUAACAGCACUCAGAUCUCCCCGCAAAAAAUGACCCUCAAAUUACGGCCAGGCAGCCCUGUGACCUUCCAGGUGAAGAUUCAACACACAGAGGACUAUCCUGUGGACAUCUACUACCUGAUGGACCUGUCAGCAUCCAUGUUUGAUGAUCUGGAGAUGAUCAAGGACCUGGGCUCCACUCUGUCCAAUAAAAUGGCCAGCCUCACUAGUAAAUUCCGCAUGGGCUUUGGCUCUUUUGUGGAGAAACCUGUCCUGCCUUUCAUAAAAAUCACAGAGGAUGAGCUGGCCAAUCCGUGCAGCGGGGUUGGUUCGACGUGUCAGCCAGCGUUUGGCUAUAAACAUGUCUUGUCUUUGACGAGCAGCACUGACAAGUUCAACGAGAUAAUUGCACAACAGCGUGUUUCUGCAAAUGUGGAUGUGCCCGAAUGUGGAUUUGAUGCUGUCAUGCAGGCGGCCGUUUGUGGGGAGAAGAUCGGCUGGAGGAACGAUUCGAUGCGUUUACUGGUGUUUGUCAGUGAUGCUGACUCACACUUUGGGAUGGACAGUAAGAUGGCCGGCAUUGUGAUUCCUAAUGAUGGACAGUGUCAUCUGAACAUCAACAAUGAAUAUUCAAUGUCCACAGUGCAGGAAUAUCCCACUCUUGGUCAGCUGAUUGAUAAGAUUGUGGACAACAAUAUCUUACUGAUAUUUGCUGUGACAAAAGAGCAGAAAAACAACUAUAAGAACUAUGCAAAUCUCAUACCUGGCGCCACAGUUGGAGUCCUGGAGAAAGAUUCGCGGAACAUCCUGGAACUGAUAGUAACAGCGUACAAAGAGUUGCGUUCGGAGAUUGAACUAGAGGUGGUUGGAGACACAGAGGAGCUGCAGAUGUCCUUCACAGCCAUUUGCCCCAAUGGGACUGUGCUUUCUGACAUGAAACGCUGCUCCAACAUCAAACCUGGAGACACAGUUGUGUUCAAUGUAUCUGUGGAGCUCCCAGGAUGCCUGUCGGGUGUUCGGCGUUUCUCCUUUAAACCGUUGGGCUUACAGGACAGUCUGGACGUGGAACUGGAGUCUCUGUGCUCCUGUGACUGUAGGCAGUCGACCAAAGCGAACAGCAGCCUCUGCACUGAGGGUCAGGGGGCUUUCCAGUGUGGCGUGUGUGUGUGUCAGCCGGGUUUCUUGGGAGCUCAAUGUGAAUGCAAUGAGGACAGCGCUUUGUUGAGUAACUGCUUCGCCAGUGAUGAGGCAGAGAUAUGCAGCGGUCAGGGCCAGUGUUACUGCGGACAGUGUGUGUGUCAUACAUCCAGCUUUGGCCUCAUUUACGGACCUUACUGCCAAUGUGACAAUUACUCUUGUGUUCGCUUCCGUGGGGAGCUCUGUGGAGGCCACGGUGUGUGUGACUGCGGGGAGUGUCACUGUCACAGCGGCUGGACCGGGGAAUAUUGUAACUGUAGCGCCAGCACAGAGGCGUGUAUGGCAGAAGACGGCACUCUGUGUAGCGGACGAGGGAAGUGCGAGUGUGGCCAGUGUGUCUGCUCUGUACCCGGAGCAUCUGGGGACAAGUGUGAGAAGUGUCCAACGUGUGGAGACGCCUGUAGCUCUGCAAGGUCCUGUGUAGAGUGCCAUCUGCAAGAAUGGGACGAUGCUGAGUUGUGUGUUCAAAGGUGUGACGCCCCUAAAAUUUCUAUCAACAAAUCAGCAGAUUAUGACAAGAGCCUUUCUAUGCAAUGCACGCUGAUGACAGAGAAUGAGUGCCGGAUCUCAUUUAAUGUGGUAGGAAGUGAGGCGGGGACCACUGCUUACAACCUCCAGAUGUACGGCUGCCCCGAGCCUCCCAAUAUCCCCAUGAUUAUCCUAGGGGUGUCCCUCUCUGUGGUGUGCAUUGGCCUGAUCCUGCUGGCCGUGUGGAAGGUGCUGGUGUCAGUCCACGACCGUAAAGAGGUGGCCAAGUUUGAGGCUGAGAGGGCAAAGGCAAAAUGGCAGUCGGGGACCAACCCUCUGUUCAGGAGUUCAACAUCUACAUUCAAAAAUGUAACUUAUAAAAACACACAGAGAGAAAAGAUUAUAACUAUGGAUCACUACUGAUGGCAACAUGGAGGCAAUGCAAACCACCAUCUGAGUGCACUUAAAUGUGUGUGUGUGUGUGUGUGUGUGUGUGUGUGUGUGUGUGUGUGUGUGUGUGUGUGUGUGUGUGUGUGUGUGUGUGUGUGUGUGAGAGAGAGAGAGAGAGAGAGAGAGAGACAGUAAAUUGACAAAAAUGUGUUUAUUGUAUGAUUCUAUGUCGGGUUCAGAGAUGAAAUAACACAGUAGUCGACACUGUGAAAAGACAGACACUACAUGACGAAUUUGCUGCUGUUGAAGUGCACUGUGUGCUUAAACCUGUGGUACAUUUGCACUGUUGAACACUGCACGUUCCUGUUGCAUGAUUCUGCGAAUUUUUACAAGACAUUGAUGCUACUGUAACAUGCAACAGGGAAAGGAGGAGUCACUACAAGUGGUCUACUACUGAACAAAACCUUGUUAUUUUGUUUUAUUCUAAUGAAUGUAAAUAUAUAAAAUGAUUAUGAUUUUUUUAAGUGUCGUGUUUGUUGUUUUAUUAUGAAGCAAGGCUGUGCCUUGGAUUUUAAUAACUGACUUAUUUUUAGUAGGGUGGCACAUAAAUAAAGUUAUAUAUUGAC